AUGGCAUCCGAAAAGCCCCAAGAAAGCGUUUACUAUUUGAAGCCUGGCGACGAGGAACGCGCCAGGCUGAACAAUCAACACCGAGUUCUGGUCCACAUUAUCGAAAAUGAAUUGCUGCACGCUCCCAUCGAUCCCUCGACUAUCGUCAAAAUUGCAGAUGUAGGAACAGGCACAGGUAUCUGGCUCGACGCUCUGGCUGCCCAUCUGGACCCUAUCCCGACAGCGAUCGGCCAACCCCGUCAAUACGACGGCCUUGAUAUGUCACCAGCCCACUUUCCGGCUUUUCACCCGGAAAACUUUCAUUACGAUGUCUACAACAUCCUCCAGCCUGUCCCAGAAGGAUUGAAAGGGAAAUAUGACUUGGUCCACGUGAGAUUGUUGGUGUCUGCGUUGUCAAAGGGUGACGUGAACACGGCAGUGGACAAUCUUGCUCAACUUUUACGACCUGGAGGGUGGAUUCAAUGGGAUGAGCUUGAUGGCGAAUCUUGGGCCGGCAGGGUCCCCAGCGCCCAUGUGAGGGAAAUGAACGAGCUUGUUAGAAAGCACAUGGAAACUAAGGGUAUGGAGCUAGAUGUCCCCGCUGCUUUUGUUAAAGCGGCAGAAGCUCAUCCUCGCCUUCAAAACGUGUCCGAGAGAAUCUUCAAUACAAUCAAAAGUGGGCCUGAGUUGAAGGAUGAUGUCAACUCGGUUUACCUAUGGUCGUGUACCACAUCUACCAAAAUGAUUCUUCAGGCAAGCGGAACGCCAGGAGCGGAGGAGGAAUUUAAACGGCUUUCCGAGGGUGCCAAGGCUGACAUCGAACGGGAUGGGAUUUUUUGGGAUUCUGAUGAACACGUCUUACUUGCACAGAAGAAAUAG